AUGACUUCAUCAUCUGAAAAUGAAUCAUCUUCAAUUAUGGAUGUAUCUGAUUUUCAAAUCUUACCUCAAAAUAAAGGUCAACCUUUUAAAAUUCAUGAAAAUAAAAGUGUUGCCAAAUUUGAAAAAAUUUUAAAAAAUGGUGGAGAUUCUUUUAAUAAUGGUGGGAAAACUGAAGAAGAAGUUCAAUUCCUUUCUGGUAUUAAAGAUAUGUUUCAAUCUACUGUUUUGGGUGAUUUAUCAAGAGUUGAAAGUGUAAGUGGUUAUGCUGCCGAUAAAGAGAAUGAAACUAAUAAGUCAAACAAUUCCGUACUAAGCGAUGCUAUUAAUAAGGUGGAUGAAGAUAAAUUAGAAGAAUCAAUUAAGGAACAGAAAAUAUCAGUUGAAGAUGCCAAAACUGAGAAUUUGAAAUUGGAAGAGAUCAAUCAAAAAUCUCAACUAAAUUAG